AUGGUCGUUGUAAUGCAUGUUCUAUUUGCAUAUGUCCUCAUCUACGUGACAACGGUUCGACUGAUCAAGCUAUCCAUUAUAUCCUUCUAUUCGCCGUGUCUUCGGGAAGAACUGGGCGUUGUCGAUGUGCGUGUUCCUCACAGUGGGAUACUUCGUAGCCUACUGGGUCUCCUGUCAACCACCGUCGUUCUACUGGACCCAAUACAAGAACCCAAAGGGAGGGAAAUAAAAUGUAUCUACGAUCUCUACCCAAUUUAUAUCGGUGAUGCAGCCGCCAACGUGACGACCGACGUGGUGAUUUUGAUCGUCCCCAUCCCCCUGGUUUGGACGCUACAUAUUCGAACGAGCGCGAAGAUUAUGGUUACAUCCAUUUUUAUUCUGGGUGGAUUGUAUUUCUCCUCCUUUCUGUAUCCCGGACCUGGCGUUUGA